AUGGCAUCCAUCGACCCUGUUGCUGUCGAAACAGCCAAGAGCCAAGCUGCUCAGACUACCGAUUAUCAGGUCCAAAACUCCGACUCCGACGGAGUUUCUGUGACUAAUGAAGAUGAUCACGACCUCCUCAAGCUUGGCUACCGCUCCGUAUUGGCGCGUGGUUGGGGCACAUUUGAUAACUUCGCAUGCUCCUUCUCAGCUCUGAAUGUUAUCGGUGGUAUCCGUGUAUUGUUCUAUAUCGCCCUGAGCGGUGGUGGUCCUACUGCCAUAUGGAGCUCUUGGGUCUCUGGUAGCAUAUUGUCCGUUAUCACCGCCGCCUGUCUCGCUGAAGCCUGUUCGAGCUACCCCGCCGCAGGAUCAAUCUACUACUGGGCUUUCCGAUCUUGGGGAGGUGGCAAAGUCGGACGGUUCGUCUCUUUCCUGGUUGCUGCGUGGACACUCGUUGCGUGGACAGCUUUCCUGGCCAGUGACUCGUUCGGCGUUGCCAACUACUUGAUCUCGGAGGUUGUGGUCUUCGACCCGCAAACGAGCUUCCCCUAUGAAACGUCUGAUGUGCGCGCCCGCGCCGUCGCAUGGGCUUUCUCCCUGCUCUUUUUGGCCAUCGCUACUUCCUUGAACUUCCUGCCUCCACGCAUGUACUCUUGGGUAUUCCGCGCUGGUGUCACCGUGAUCAUCAUCGAUAUGCUGCUCAACUUCAUCUGGCUUCCUAUCGGUGUGUCGAAAACGUACGGUUUCCAGACAGCUGAAUAUGUGUUCACAUCCGAAUACAACGGUGGCAAUACUAGUCCUGGACUGAAUUGGGUUCUUUCGUGGUUCAUGGUUGCAAGCUGUCUCGUGGGACAGGAUGCAUCAGGCCAUGUCGCAGAAGAGACCGUGUCUGCUAAGAAAGCAGCCGCCAAGGGCAUCUUCUGGGCAACAGUUGCGUCUGCGCUGUGCGGUUUCCCGAUUAUCAUUCUGUUCCUGUUCUGCAUGCCUCCCAUCGAGACCUUCUACGACACCAGCGUGCCCCAGCCGUUCAUUAACAUGUAUGCCAUGGCGCUCGGUCCCCAUGCUCAUAUUGUGGCGACCAUUGUUGCGAUGAUCGGCGCCAUUCUGAACACCUCCAUCUCCUUGGUUGCGGUUUCCCGCCUCGUCUUCGCCGUGGCCCGCGAUGGCGUAUUCCCCUUCAGCGAUGUGCUGUCGCGGGUCUCGAAAUCCAAGCAGCCCCACAACGCAGUAAUCUUCAUUUCGACCAUCGCUGCGCUUCUGCUUUGCACCCAGCUCCCGUCCCAGGUUGCCUUCUCCAGUCUGAUCUCCACCUCUGCUGCGGGCUCGCUUGCUGCGUACGGAUUGGUUGGCGUCGGCCGUGCUUUCAUCACACGCAAGACCUUCCGUCCCGGUUUCUGGGAUCUUGGCCGCUUCGGUGUGGCCGCUGCUGUGGUUACAUUCUUGUGGAACGGAUUCGCGUUCGCUGUUCUGUGCGCACCGAUGUACUCGAACAGUGAAAUCGACGCGGACUCCAGCCUCUUCAAUUAUGCGAUCGUCAUAAUGGGCGGCGUCACUAUCAUUGCAAUUGCCGAGUGGUGGCGCAAGUCGAACGACAUCUGGUUCUCCCACCUCAAGUUCGUCGACUCGGAUACCGAGACAACCCAUGCUGGUCAAGAGGAGAAGCCUGGUCUCCCGACGGGCGCGGUUUAG